AUCAACCAGCGGCUCGGUCCAGCCCAAUCAGAGGUGCAGAUGAAAAAAGAGCAUGUCUUUGUAGGCCUGACUGAAGCCAUCUUUGAUCCCGAUUAUAGGGAGCUCUACGCAAACUCCAUCUUGUCUUAGUGCCAUCUUCAAUGCCUCUUCCGCUGCAAAUGUCACAGCGCAUCUUCUAGUUCAAACUCCCAUAACUCUAUCGCCAACAGCUCAGAACGCAGUUCCGCCUGUGACUGUAACAUGCAUAUACCCAAUCGUUUAUGGGUCGAACCUUGGAAAUACGAACUCAAUAUCCGACGCGAUAACAUCAAUAGCAUCGACGGCGCCUACAACAAACCAAUCGACUGCUUCCUUGAUUGCUACCAGCACGAUAUCGACGGAUUCCAAAACCGAUCCAACAUCAUCAACGGUCCCCAACAACUCUUUCAACCGCGCAAUCGGGCGACCGUCAAGUGCAGAAAUCAUUGGUAUUGCGCUGGGAAGCUUUGGCGCUGGGCUCUCUCUCGCAGGUUUCGUGUGGGGGGUUUUUUUUUUUUUUUGAGACGGAAACAAAGAUCGAAGCCUGAUAAUCAUCCAAUUCUUCCCGACAAAGCAACCCCCGAGACUCCAGUUUCUUUCCCCAGGCCACUCGAGGGGAAAACCACACAUUCUUCGGUUCUUGCCUCAGGCCGCUCGCCUGGUCUCGCACUUCACAGUUACCUGCUGGAUGGCCCAGGGGACAGCGAGAUUGGCUCCGAGUUCAAUGAUCUUGGAUUUCUGUUGAAGAGCCAUGUUGAUGAUUGCUACCAUCGAAAGCCUGUGUCCUAUGGCCUUGUUUCUAUCAAGCAGUCACUCGAAGGGCUGGGUUUGGACGAGUGGACCCAGGAACAAAUCGCCAAAUCGGCUUUGGAUCCCAGACAGCGCCAUGCGGCCAUUCGAAGCUUCAUGUCACGCGUCAUUUUUUCUGCCCUUGAUAUCCAAAGCAUCUCUGGACAUUCUUUGCUUCCUCCCGAGGUCGUGGCAUUCGUCAAGGCAUUGCCUCCUACAGUGAAAUCUCAAAGCCUAAGGUCACCAACGACCCAAGUGUUGGACAUGUGGCGUCGAUGUUCUGCUUUCCUCCUUCAUGAGGACAGACAAGAAAGGACACUCUUGCCUCCCCCACAAGGCAGCCAAUGGCAAGUGAAGGAACUGCAAAGGGCCCUUGAUAAGUUCUUGGUGCAUUUCCUUGAUGAGCACACCCAGGUUCGACAGAAUCAAGGCGAGGAUUUGAAUGCAGUCAUUCAAGAGUUUGUCAAGUUUGGCUACGUGGUCUUUUCCCACUCUUGUAGUUGGCGAUAUUCAUUUGAAGCAGAGCACACGUGCUCGUCAAAAGGAAUUGUGAUGAUGCCUGGACUUGAAAGGUUAACACGUCGGAAUGGCGAAGUACUAGAAAAGCCCCUGGUGAUGGUUCCACCCCUGUUUGAGAACACUCACUAACUGGCAACUACUUCUUC